UGGAAAGAGAGGGGUCCAUUUUGUGUUCCCGAAUUUUAAAAGCCAACCGUGCACAACGGUGCCACCACAGGAGACCAUGAUGAGAUCGGUCGGGUACUCUAGCUACUCUCCCUCGUUGGGCUUGAUGGCAACAGCAGCUACUCUUCUUGUUGUGGUCCGAAAAGUUCUGUUGUCCAAACGAGAUCAGGCGGAUGCUGUUAGUAUUCCUCGUGGAACAGAAGAUCCCAAUGAUACAAACAGUAGUAGUAAUGACGACGACGACUAUUACGAUGUGAUUGUGGUAGGAGCGGGACCUGCUGGUUCUACGGCCAGUUACUAUCUGGGCCAUGCAGGGGAAAACUUGAAAAUUCUCUUGUUGGAACGAAAGACAUUUCCCCGCGUCAAAUACUGCGGCGACGCAUGGUGCCAUCAGGCACUCGACAUUCUCGACGACAUGGAAUAUCAUGAAGACAAUAAGACGAAAAGUGUCUUGCAACACUUGGAAGACGAACAAUUGUGUCGACCGGUGCAACGGGGUGGCUUUGUAUCUCCGCGUGGAUACGAAUGCAUCAACACCGAAGGAGCGUCUUAUGGAUCUGUCGCCAAGGUCAAAACGUACGCCAUGAAACGCGUCAUUGUCGAUGAAAUCAUGGCCCGGGCGGCGGCGCAACAACCGGGAGUUACAUUGCGAGAAAACUCCAAUGUCAUCGUGUCGGAAGUAUCCUUUUCGUCUGAUACCAAGUGUUGGCAGGUUCCUACAACAACAAACACAAACAGCAAAGAGACCAAAACGAAAGUCUACAAGGGACGUGUGUUGGUAGCUGCGGAUGGUGCUACUUCCUAUUUGGCGAGACAGCUGGGAUUGGUCGCCACGGAUGCCGAUGCCGUUUGUUCCCAUCGAUAUGUCGUGGGGCAUACCCACAAUUUUACCGCCGAUGGAGUCAUGUUUUUCAACCGAGCCGUCUUGCCCGGAUAUUCGGCGCUCUUUAAACACUCCAAUGACGACGUUUAUCUAGGCACCUAUAUAUUGCCCGGUGGCAAAGCCACCUCCCGAUGCAUUGCCGGAUUUGAGCAAGAUUUGGUGAAUCGACAUCCGUACGUCCAAGGGGCAUUACUUGGCGGUAGCAACAGCUAUGAAUCAACCCAGUGGCGCACGGAUUUGUCGCAAGGCGAAAAUGGCAAACUAAAGGUCGCACCCAUUCGAUGUGGAGGAGAAGCCCAGACAUACGGGGAUCAUUUAGUGGUUAUUGGCGAUGCGGCCGGACAAACCGAUCCCAUGACGGGGGAAGGCAUUCAUACCGCCAUGGUGGCAGCGAAACUGGCGGCCCAAACGAUUGUCGAAAUGUUUGCGGCACACAAUUUCUCUUCCACGGCCAGCCAAGUCUAUCAGCAACGAUGGAAGAACGCGUUUGGGGACGACUUUCAUCUUUCCGCUAUUGGAGCGAGACUGAUUACCAAGUUUCCCAUUGUGUUGGAUGCGGCUUGUGCCUACGGACAAGCGAGUGGACAAGCCUUUUUGGAUGAAUUCGGAUUGAUCAUGACCGGUGUCAAACCAAAAUCAGACUUUUUGCAAGUCAAGUUGGCAGUCCCAAUCACAUUCUAUUUGCUGCGAGAGAUCGUUCUGCAGUAUAUCCUGCGACAACCACCGCUGGUCCCACAAGAUAUUGGAACAGCAUUGGUGGAAAAGUACUGUCACUCCAACAACAACAAGCAAAGCGAAUAGAUGAUGAGCCGGUGCUCAGUCAGGAUUCUUUCCCCCCAGCCGGACUCGGUAUGCUCUGACGAGCAGCAGUCUAUCUAUUCCUGCCUCGCGAGACCUGUGAGAAGAGCUUUGUGGACACAAAAACAUUAUCGGAUUCGAUUCGCCCACAGCAACAGCCAAAGCAGUCGACUUAUACUUGGAUGCCAAGAAGUGGAUCUUUCCUUAAGUUGGGCGUGUUGCGUGAAAAAGCCCCUCCGAUAAUAGCUUCGUGGAUGAACUUGGACUCCACUGAGCCGAGUCACUACCGAUGUAUUCCGAGUGCUCGAAAACUCGAAAACUCAGUAAUGGCCUUCGGGGGCGAGGCGCUGUUGUGUUAUUAGUAGUGUCAAAUAGCCAUUGAGAUGUCCCGUUCUUUUUAGAAAACUUCGCUUGCAACUUACAACUGGGUGCUGUGAUGGCAUACACUGUAUCACAGGGUCCUUUUCACCUCAAGGAGGACUCAAGUUCUAUGCAUCCCAAUACGACGAAGAGGUCAAAGAUGCUAUGGUGAUCCACUGAGACGCGCACCAUGCACUCAUGCAAUGUAGGACGUCAAAAAAAGUCACGGAAACAAAUCCGUGAUAUCGGAACCUGCAAACCUUCCAAAGGGAGUGACUCAGUCAAGUCGGCUCUGUGCAGCCGUGUUGCCAUCAGGAUGGGGUGUCAGUGGACUUGGCCGAAACUAUCUAGACGUAAUAUGCAACUGCCAUGCAGGUCCAGUAUGCCAUAGCUGCAACGAUCUUAGCAAGCAGAAAUUGCCUGUUUGUGCAUUAGCUAAGUGAAAGUCUUCUGUCUAAAAGUUUGCGAUAGGGCCGCUUAAUUGGCAAGGCAAACCCCAGUGUUGUCGCAACAACUGGUGCAGCAAUCGUCAUCACACCCAAUUGUGGGAACUCCAGUUCCGGGAUUUGGCAAGCAGUCAGUCACAACCACAGAAGAGCCUCCAUAAUUCUCAUGAAAAGCAACAGAAUGACAUCCAGAUACAGGAACGGUGCCUGUUAGCUGAUUCCCAUUCACUACUAGUUGAUUCAGCUCAGUCAAUGCCCCAAGCUCACUGGGAAUCGUGCCAUGGAAGUUGUUGUUGGCCACAUGCAGCCACCAGAGAUCUGUGAAAAGACCAAGUGAUGAAAUGAUGGUCCAAGAAAAGUUGCAAUCAUUCAGGGGCAAAACAUGGAGUUUUGUGAGUCCAGCAUACAAUUCUUCUGGGACUGCCCCUUCCAUAUUGGAGUAGGAAACAUAGAAGUCGCGCAAUUGGGUUGCCAGGCCAAUCUCUGAGGGUAGUGUGAUCCACAAGAAAAUUUUGCAGGUGCGGCAGCACUCCAAUUUCACUUGGCAGGGUGCCACUAAGCUUUAGGAGAAGCAAGGGGUGAAGCAUGAGGCCAAACUUCAGAUUCUUCAUGGUUUGGGCUGCUUGUGCAACAGGAGAGGAGGCUAACAACUCACAUCAUUUUGAGCAAAAUCUAGAAUCUCAAAAGAACCCACGUGGAAAAAUUCCAGUGAAUUGUUGCGUAGACGAAGUCUCUUCAAGGGGGAAAUCCCCACUUCAGAGGGGAUUGUCCCAGUCAGUCUGUUUGAAAAGAGUUGAAGAGUGGUGAGUUUUGCAUUCUCUUCACUGAGAUACUUGAACCAGCUUGUGGGGAUGGGUCCUGAAAGUUGGUUGUUGCCCAACAUGAGCCGUUCUAGUGAAAAAGAGAGCAGCUAGCAUUCCACUCAGCAUGUUGUCCUGCAAAUAUAGCUGUUUCAGGCCUGGCAAUAGUGUCAUCUCCCAUGGGAGGGGGCCAUUGAGCUGAUUCCACCCUGAAGGGCACAUUCCUAUGUGUAAGAAAUCAAUGACACAAUCCAAAUGUUUGGCGUACAAGACUCACGAAUUUGUAGCCCAGCAACUGUAUUCUCUUUUGACUGUGCAGUCUCACAGAUCACUCCAGCCCACUGGCAUUCACGGCUGGCAGAGAGCCACUGAUCACCCCAUAUGUUUGAUGUUGUUUCCCCUGUGAUAGUAUCAGGUUCAUAGCAGAAAUUAACUGAUACACUUCCUGGGGGCGUUGCUGGUGGAUUGCACUCCUUCCAUGGUUGAUGCCUUGUGGUUUGGAAGUAGAAGAG